GCCUAUCUCACGAGGUGCUUACCUAUGCCCUGAAUCAGAUAAUUUUUCUGUUGACAGCUCUGGAUGGCUUGGGCAGAUACUGAUAGGGUAGAUACUGUCCUCACAAUACCUACCCAGAAAGACGGGAAAGAGGAGGAAGAAUUCCUCCUUCCACCAGGAAUUCUCCGGGAAGCACGUAAGAUUUCACGCUACUAGUUUAUUCCCAAGAGAAGCUACCACAACCUGGUAAUUACCAGCUCUAACUUCUGUGUCUCUAAGUGCACCUCUCCUGGAAUUACAACUAAUUGAAACAGGGAUUCAAAGGAGUCUCAGAGGACUGUAAGCAGAAUGCUUCGAGGCCGAUCCCUGUCUGUGACAUCCCUGAGUGGGCUUCCCCGGUGGCAAAUUGAGGAACUUCCUGUGGAGGAGUUACUGCUCUUUGAAGUUGCUUGGGAAGUGACCAAUAAAGUUGGAGGCAUCUAUACUGUGAUUCAGACAAAGGCCAAAACAACAGCAGAUGAAUGGGGAGACAACUAUUUUCUGAUAGGUCCAUAUUUUGAGCAUAAUAUGAAGACUCAGGUGGAACAGUGUGAACCUGUAAAUGAUGCCGUCAGAAGAGCAGUGGAUGCAAUGAAUAAGCAUGGCUGCCAGGUGCAUUUUGGAAGAUGGCUGAUAGAAGGAAGUCCUUAUGUGGUACUUUUUGACAUAGGCUAUUCAGCUUGGAAUCUGGACAGGUGGAAGGGUGACCUCUGGGAAGCUUGCGGUGUUGGCAUUCCUUAUCAUGACCGAGAAGCCAACGAUAUGCUGAUAUUUGGAUCUUUAACUGCCUGGUUCUUGAAAGAGGUGACAGAUCAUGCAGAUGGCAAACAUGUCAUUGCCCAAUUCCAUGAAUGGCAGGCUGGAAUUGGACUGAUCCUUUCUCGAGCCAGAAAACUUCCUAUUGCCACAAUAUUUACAACCCACGCCACACUACUUGGGAGGUAUCUCUGUGCAGCAAAUAUUGAUUUCUACAACCAUCUCGAUAAGUUUAACAUAGACAAAGAGGCUGGGGAAAGACAGAUUUACCACCGGUACUGCAUGGAGCGAGCCUCCGUUCAUUGCGCUCACGUGUUCACCACCGUUUCUGAAAUAACAGCAAUAGAGGCCGAACAUAUGUUGAAGAGAAAGCCUGAUGUAGUUACUCCAAAUGGCUUGAAUGUUAAGAAAUUUUCAGCAGUGCAUGAGUUUCAAAAUCUACAUGCCAUGUACAAGGCCAGAAUCCAAGAUUUCGUUCGAGGUCAUUUCUAUGGUCACCUCGACUUUGAUCUUGAAAAGACUUUGUUCCUUUUCAUUGCUGGGAGGUAUGAGUUUUCAAACAAAGGAGCUGACAUCUUCCUAGAAUCCUUAUCCAGGCUAAAUUUCCUGCUGAGGAUGCACAAAAGUGAGGUCACAGUGGUGGUGUUUUUCAUUAUGCCUGCCAAGACAAAUAAUUUCAACGUGGAAACCCUGAAAGGACAAGCAGUGCGAAAACAGCUGUGGGACAUUGCACAUUCUGUGAAGGAAAAGUUUGGAAAAAAACUCUAUGAUGCAUUAUUAAGAGGAGAAAUUCCUGACAUGAACAAUAUUUUAGAUCGAGAUGAUAUAACAAUUAUGAAAAGGGCCAUCUUUUCAACUCAGCGACAGUCACUGCCCCCAGUGACCACGCACAACAUGAUUGAUGACUCCACCGACCCCAUCCUCAGCACCAUUAGACGGAUUGGACUUUUCAACAGUCGCACAGACAGAGUCAAGGUGAUUUUGCACCCAGAGUUUCUGUCCUCCACCAGCCCCUUACUACCCAUGGAUUAUGAAGAGUUUGUCAGAGGUUGUCACCUUGGAGUAUUUCCAUCAUACUAUGAACCCUGGGGUUAUACUCCAGCUGAAUGCACUGUGAUGGGGAUCCCCAGCGUGACCACGAAUCUCUCCGGGUUUGGCUGUUUCAUGCAGGAGCAUGUGGCUGAUCCUACUGCUUACGGUAUUUACAUCGUUGACAGGCGGUUCCGUUCUCCAGAUGAUUCUUGCAAUCAGCUGACUCAGUUUCUCUAUGGAUUUUGCAAACAGUCACGCCGCCAAAGGAUUAUCCAGAGGAACCGAACCGAGAGGCUCUCAGAUCUUCUGGAUUGGAGAUACUUAGGCAGAUAUUACCAGCAUGCCAGACACCUGACAUUAAGCAGAGCUUUUCCAGAUGAAUUCCAUGUGGAACUAACAUCACCACCAACGACAGAAGGAUUUAAAUAUCCCAGGCCUUCCUCAGUACCACCUUCUCCUUCAGGGUCUCAGGCCUCUAGUCCUCAGAGCAGUGAUGUGGAAGAUGAAGUGGAGGAUGAGAGAUACGAUGAGGAAGAGGAGGCUGAAAGGGAUCGGUUAAAUAUCAAGUCACCAUUUUCACUGAGCCACGUUCCUCGUGGAAAGAAAAAGCUGCAUGGUGAAUACAAGAACUGAAUUCUACAUGUGCCGAACAGAGCUAAUUUAGAAAAGCGAAGACUAAUUAUUUCAAAUAACGAAAAUGCCACAAAUUUCAUUUUCUCUUUCUAAGUAUUACAAUGGAAUUUAUUCUCUGCUCAAAAAGUGGAAGAAAUUGAGUGAAUGACAAUUUCAUAAUUUAAAAUAAGAUCCAAGUUAUUUUCCCCAACACUUGUUUCCCCCAUAAAGUUAGGCAUGAGGAGGAGCACUAAUUAAAACCAGAAAAUGGAAAAGUGUUUUUAAAAUGUUGAAUUUAAGUGGUAAGGAUUUUUCUCUUACUCUGUUUAGUUUUAAAUUAUCACCAUAAUCCUUUGCUUAGUAUUUAUGCAACUUCUCUAUCCCACCACACAAAUCUCCCAUUCCCCCCUGAAAACCCUGAUCUUACCCAUAAAUGUGCACUGCCUACAUAUUUUAAAUAGCUAGAUUUUUACUAAUUAUUUUUAUUUUUCACAUGCAUCAGAAACAUGGUUUAUAUGUAGUUUUACAGAGACAAAAUCCAUGAGUGAAUAGCUAUCCUAAGUCCAUACUUUGAUGCAUGUUAAUGCACAUUUAUGUCACUUUUGAAAUCUAGAAUUGAUCUUGUAAUUAAUGACAGAUAUUACCAUGUGCAUGGUACUGCCAUCUUACUGUAACAUUUUCCUAUUGUUUAACUUUGUUUUUAAAAAUUUGGUCAGUCUUCAUAGAUGAUAAGUUGUUAAAUCCAAGUAAAUAAAUACAUUAAUAUUUAAUAACUUUCAUUGAUAAUGCCUUGUUUUGAAAUUGUUUGACAUUCAAAUAGUAUGUGAGAAGCAGCUGUCAUGAAUAAUUCCUAGAGAAGCAAUCUUUUAAAAAAUAAUUAGAAAAAAAUAGACCAUCUAUUUAGUUGUAGUAAGAACAAUGUCUCUAACAUAUUCUGUGAUGUGCAGAGUCAUAGUUGAAUGAUUACUAAUUUAGCAGAUUUAUAGUUUAAGUGUAAUUAAAUCUAAAUUAGUACCAAAACUAAAAACAAAAAACACAUUAUUGGAUUGCUUUUUUUUCAUAAGUAGUUAUUCACUGUGAGUUCAAUUUAACUCACAGUGACUUCCUUCAUUGACGUAUCAAUUGGCCUCGUUCUGAAGGGGCUCUAAAAAAUUUUAGUCUUCUUAGUGCUGGAUUAUUGAUGGCAAAAAUGGAAUAGUGCACAAGGUGUCAGAUGAUUCAAGACCAUUGGAAAACUAAUCCAGCCCUUCUAUUGCUCCGUUAGCUAGAAAAAAGUAGAAGACUGUUGGAUACAAGCAGCAAAUCAGACCAAAAUGGAAGGUGGUUGGAAAUUUACUUUAUUUAGAUGUACAGAAAUAAGAGAAAUAGUGCAUCUAAAAUCUACCCUAUGACAAAUGCUUUUUGGAUACCAGUUAACCCAGCAUCUCCAGAACAGUUUGAAAUGCUCUGUACUGGAGAGUAGAAAAAAUUUGAGAUGGACUUAUAUUAUAGGCUCGUUCGCUGAAGUAUCAGAACGAUCUUGUGAUAAACGGGGAGUUCACUGUUACAAUAACCAUGAAAAUGUAUCCCUGGUAAAGUGGCAUAACGUGUGUAUUCAAAUGAUACUCUUGAUUGGUAACCGGUUGCUUGACAGCUAUUGAAAACAUGGCUACAUAGUAAAAUACCUCGAGAUGUAAGUGGUUUUUGUUCAAUGAAAGAAUAGUUCUAUGAUAAGAAGUGUGUACAAAUGAUAGUGCACAUGGAAUUUAGCUGACUUGCAAACACGUGGCUUUGACAGCGUGUGAAGGAGUCAACUUCUCUCCUGUACUCGUUCCCCUAUUCAGACAGCUGCUGCUAGGUGACGCCAUCCCUCCACUCUUUGUCAUUUCUUUGUCCUUUUCCCCAAGGAGAAGAAACUAUGAUUGUUAGCAGAUGGCUCUGUGUCUAGUACAGUGCCUUGUACAUAAUAGUUGCAUAAAUAAAUGGUCUUAUUGGGAGAUAUAGAGGUUCAAAAAACUGUUGCUUUUAAAGAAUGUAUGUAUUCACAAGUUGAGGGACAGGAACUAUAGAAAAGAAGUGUGUGGUGCCUGAUCAGCUGACAGAAAGACCCGUUUUAUGGAUUGUACCACCUGCUAUAGUUUGAAUGUUUGUGUGCCCCCCAAAUUCAUCUAUAGGUGCUUCUUGACUUAUAAUGGGGUUAUGUUUAGAUAAACCCAUUCAUAUUUUCUUUAUUUUGUUUUAUUUUUGAGACAGAUUAUUGCUCUGUUGCCCAGGAGGGAGUGCAGUGGUGUGAUCUCAACUCACUGCAACCUCAGCCUCCCAGGCUCAAGCAAUUCUCAUGCCUCAGCCUCCCGAGUAGCUGGGACCACAGGCAUGUGCCACUAUACCUGGCUAAUUUUUAUAUUUUCUUUUCAGUAGAGACAUGGUUUUGCCAUAUUGGCCAGGUUGGUCUUUAAACUUCUGGCCUCAAGUGAUCUGCCCACCUCAGCCUCCCAACUGGGAUUACAGGCAUGAGCCAGCAUGCCAGGCCAACCCACUGAUACUUUUAAUUUAUGAUGGGCCUAUCAGAAUAUAAAUCCAUGGUAAGUCAAGGAGUGUACUUAAUGUAUAUUGCUUUCAUACCAUCGUAAAGUUGAAAAAUCAUAAAUCAAACAAUCAAAAGUUGGCCCUGUCUGUAUUGAAAUCCUAAUCUCCAGUGUGAUGGUAUCCACAAAAGAGGCAGAGCCUUCGGGAAGCGAUUAGAUCAUGAGGGCAGAACUUUCAUGAAUAGGAUUACUGCUUUUAUAAAAGAGGCCCCAGAGAGCCGCCUUGCCCUUUCCACCAUGUGAGGGCAGCAAGAAAGUGCCAUCUAUGGAGAAUGGGCCUUCUGUCAGACACUGAUUCUGUUGACAUCUUGAUCUUGGACUUCUCCGGUUCCAGAAUUGUGUGAAAUAAAUGUCUGUUGUUUAUAA